UAUUCUGUUAAUUGUAUGAAUCAAGUGCAAAGUAUGAAGUGUCAGAGAAUUAUUGUUUUUAUAUAUGUUUCUGUAUUAUCUGUUAUACUAAUUGUAAAAUCAGAGCUUUUUACUGCUGUUGUGGAUUUGGAAAAGUUGCUUUAUACAGAAGGUGAAAUUGUUAAGACAUUAGAGAAAUAUAUAGAAAGAGAAGAACAGCGCUUGGAGAAAGUUAGAUGGUUAAGCAGAGAAUAUGAAAAGUUGCAUAAUACAGCUAGUAAAGAUGUAGAAACUUUUCUUUCAAAUCCUGUGAAUGCUUAUCUUCUUGUAAAGCGCUUAACAGUUGACUGGAAAAAUGCUGAAUAUUUGAUUGAUGGUGCAGAUAGUAAAGCCAUUAUAGAAAAUAUCACUCAACAGUCACAGUUGCAGUUCCCUGAUGAUGAAGAUUUAAGUGGAGCUGCCUCUGCACUUAUGCGUUUGCAAGAUACGUAUUUAUUAGAUACAGCAACACUUGCUCGAGGUCAAAUUGAAGGGACAGUGACUUCUUCAGAGUUGUCAGCUGGGGAUUGUUUUGAAUUGGGACGUCAAGCAUAUAAUAAUCGGGAUUAUUAUCAUACAUUACUUUGGAUGCAAGAAUCUCUAGAUCGCCUUGAGAAAGAAGAUGUUAAAACUUCUAGUAAAUCAGAUGUCUUAGAAUAUAUGGCAUAUUCUUCGUAUGUAUUAGGAAACAUUAGACAUGCUUUGAAAUUAACUCAGGAUUUGAUUGCAAUAGAUCCAGAUCAUCCUCGAGCUCAGGGAAAUCUUGCAUAUUAUCAACAAGCUAUUUUAAAAGAAGAUACCCAUAAAAGAGGAGAUGAUGGUUUUGAAGUUCAAGAUGAUGAGGACAGUUCAGACUAUGAUCCUAGAGGUUUGGAGAGAGAUACAUAUGAAAUGUUAUGCAGAGGAGAAAGUGUGAAAGUAAGAAAAGGAAAAGUUGCCUUUGAAUUUAAGAUACUGAAUUUACCUAGUGCUGAAGAAGAAAGCAAACUUCAUUGUAGAUAUAUCACAAAUAAUAGCGCUUACUUGUUAUUGCAACCAGUGAAAGAAGAAGAAUUGCAUUUGAAACCACGUCUUAUUGUAUAUCAUGAUAUCUUAUCUGAUCAUGAAAUUGAAGUCAUUAAAUAUUUAGCUCAGCCUAGGCUUGCUAGAGCUACUGUUCAGAAUUCUAAAUCAGGUGCUCUGGAAAUUGCCAGUUACAGGAUUAGUAAAAGUGCAUGGUUAAAAGAUGGAGAUCAUGAAGUUAUAGCUCGUUUGAGUCGAAGAAUAAGGGAUAUUACAGGUUUAGAAACCGACACAGCUGAGGAACUGCAGGUUGUAAAUUAUGGGAUUGGUGGUCAUUAUGAACCUCAUUAUGAUUUUGCAAGAAAGGAAGAAAAGAACGCAUUUAAAAGUUUAGGCACUGGAAACAGAAUUGCUACAUGGAUAAAUUAUAUGAGUGAUGUAGAUGCUGGUGGUGCUACUGUAUUUCCUGGUAUUGGUGUACAGGUGAAACCCAAAAAGGGAACAGCAGCCUUUUGGUACAAUUUAUUUAGAAAUGGUGAAGGUGACUUGAAUACCCGGCAUGCGGCUUGUCCUGUUUUAGCAGGCUCUAAAUGGGUUUCAAACAAAUGGCUUCAUGAAAGAGGACAAGAAUUCAGGAGACCCUGCAGUUUAAAUUCUGAUGAGUGAUUGCUUCUAAAGGAAAGACAAGUUUACCGAAAUUAUUUUACAUAAGUUGUAUCAGAGUACUUAUCAUGUAAAUACUCAUAUUUUUAUAAAAUGUUUACUGUGUACUUAGUUCCUAAUGAUGAGGUUUAAUUUUCAAUGCCAACUUCGAGAAAAGUAGACAUUUAAGCAAUAUGUUUACAAACUUAUUAUUCAUACUGUCAGUUUUUAAAGAUGAAUAAUUUUUGUGAUAUUGUGCUUUUAAAACGUGAUUAUUUAAAUGUUAGACUUUUAUCAUUAAGGUAUUUCAUUUUCAGAAAACAAUAUAUUUCAAAUGCUUACUGAUAUUUCAUAAAUUAAAAGCUUUUAGCAUAAUGGUUUUAUUACAUAACAUCAUUCUUAGUUAUUUUCAUUUCAUCAAAAUAACAUACAGAAACUCUAAAAUUAUUAAAAAUUUAAUUAAUAUUAAUACUUACUAUGAAUAAUAAAGUAUUCAAAGAGUAAUUUUGAUUCCGGCUGUAAUUUAAAAAUAUAAAUGUGACCGUUUCAUUAAUAAAAAUUCAUUGAUUUUAUAAUUAGGAUUAAAAAAGCUUUUUGUGCAUUUUAAAAUCAAAAAUAAAUAAGUUUAUAUUGAAAAUUUUCAGUUAAAUAUCAUAAAUAUUUAACGCUUAACAUAGAUGAAUAGAAGAAAAUCGGAAAUCUACCAAAUUAAAAUCUGAGCAGCCUUUUAGGCUACUUAGAGUAAUAGCAGUGCCAUGUGCCUUUGGUAACUGUUCUUUAGUGGUAAUGCCAUGUGAUUCUGUUAAACUCUUCUUCAGUGGCUCUGUUGAUAACAUAACAUUUUUGUCACCAGAUAGAUAUUUUGCCAAGAGUUGCCAGAAUUUGGAACCUCUAUUAAAUUAACUCUGCACUGUUUUCAUAAAGCAAGAUUACAGUAAUCGAAGCUGAAUUCUUAUGCUGGAUAUUCUGUGUGUGAUUAGGAAAGUUUGUACAUCAGGAGAAUAUUAUUAGCCUGAAGGAUACAUGUGUGAGAAUAGCUGUCAGUUUUAAGGAAGGACAAAAGUGUGGCAUGUUUAAUUAGCAGGGAUUUUAAAGUUUUAUUACGACUAGAAUUAAAAUAUAAUACAUUUCAUUGUACUGAAACGGCAAGUUCUAACUAAAAGCAUGAUUUUCUUGUAAAUAAUAGUAAAAUGAAAUGGAUUAAAACAAUGGAUUAGAACAAUGGAAAUGGAUUAAAACAAUGGAAAUGGAUUAGGAUUUUAUAAUUUGAUAGGAGGGGAAAAAAAUUCGAACUAGAACUCUCCAAAAGUUUUUACUGUAAAACAGAAGUUUAAAAAAUUUUUUAAAUGUAAUGGCAAUAAUCUUUGUAUGAAGUCAUAACUCUCCAUGAAAAUAUCAAUAAAAAAUUUUUCAAUAACAUUUUUGUGUAAAUGUAAGAUUUUUCUUUUAUGGCAUAAUUGCAUUACUUCCAGUCCCUGCCGAUUUUUGAUUUUCUAUUGUAUUUGCACUAUAUUAAAUUUAAUGUAGAAAAUGAAUAACUAAUAUAUAUAAUUACAUAUGAAAUGUGUUUAGUGCUGGAAGUUGAAACUUAUAAAAUAAUCAAUUUUAAUCAAUGAAGCUGAUUUUAAAUUUAAUUUGUUUCUAGAAUACCCCCUUGCCCCAAAAAGAUUGUCAGUUAUAUUUAUUACAAUAGUGACCUUUAAGGUAAAUAAAAUGCAAUGAACUAUUUUUAAUACAAUUUCAGCUUUAAUUAGAUGUAUGAAAUUAUUUUUCUAGUCCAAUCACUUUUAGUAUUAUAUUUGAUGACUACCAUGAGUGCCAGAGACUGUUGUGCCAUAAAACAGUUUAUAUAAAAUCAACUUUCACAUGGGUUUUUAAAAAAUUUUGUUGAAUAAAUAUUUCUAUUUCAUUUUGUGUAUUGUAAUGUUAUUUUUCAUAAAGCCAUGUGUGGUUUUUUGCAAAUGAACUAAUAAAGUUAUCAAGUGAAUCUAAAUAUUCUUUAAAAUUUCUAAUUGUGCCUUAGAUUUUUAAGCUUAUAAUGAUUUGUAUUUUAAAGAAUUUUUGACUCAAUAAACAGGAGCAUUUUAUUAAUGUAUGACUUUAAUUCAUUAUGAAGCAGAUAACAACAGUAAUUUUUCAACUCUUCAUAUACAAACAAUUCACAUAAGAUUACAAGCAAAGAAAUAAAACUUUUUAAAAUGAAACAUGCUACAACAAAAAAAAAAAAAAAAAAAAAAAAAAAAAAAAA